AUGAGUCUUAUUGAUCGCUUUAUCGAUGCUGACAAAGAGCCGACUCGUCCUCGAAUGCCCAUUGAAGGUUACGAGAACAAACCGCUAGUAUCAGUCGAAGAUUCUAUUCAAAGAAUCAAAGAUUUUGUACACGAUCUUGACAGAAUCGUAUGGCUGGCAAAACGAGAUUUAGUCGCACCAACGGAUGGUUUGACAAUUGAUGAAUCAGCUGCUAUUCGUCUUUAUACUUUGCAAUGGUGUCAACCAUAUGAAAGUUUGUAUUCCCAACUGAAUCGAACGCUUCGUGCCGAACUUCGUGAACAUCUGACACCUUGGUUUUCCUAUCUGAAACUUUUUCUCACCGCUUUAUAUAAACUACCAUCAAUCAAAAGAACAGUUUGGCGUGGUGUCCAUGGCGACGUCAGCGAGCAUUACAAAAACAAUUACAUUUGGUGGGGCUUUAGUUCGUGCACAGAAACCAUGGACGUACUCGAACAAUUCAUUGGUCGAACAGGUGUACGUACAAUUUUCAUGGUUGAAUGUUUAAAUGGUAAAAAUAUCCGUAAUCAUUCUGUAUAUGAGAAUGAAAAUGAAAUUCUUCUCAUGCCUGGCACCUACUUGCUUGUGAGAAGUAAAUGGAGUCCAGUUGACGGGUUACACAUGAUCCAUUUAGAAGAAGUUAUUCCUCCUCAUCGAUUAUUAGCUCCACCCGUUGAUAUAUCUUCACUUACGAACAGUUCCAUUUCCAUAGAAACUGAAGUUCAAUCGUUAGACCUUCCAAGACAUCGAAUAAAUCGUUCAGCCAAAAACGAAUCACAGCAAAAUCAUCCCAUGUGCCAAUUCCAUUCAGACAAAAUUUGGCUCGAUCGUCAGAAUCAGUACAUCGAUCAUCGAUCUACUAAAAUCCGUAAUCAGCUCGAAUGCGAAAUUCAAGAACCUUCGGGAAAUAUUGAUCAAGCUAUCUUGACUCGAAUUCAAGGCUCACUGAUUGGACUAGCAUUAGGUGAUGCUCUUGGUACACCUGCUGAAUAUCGAACGCGACAGUAUUUACUUGAACAUCCAGUGACCGAUCUGCAAACAGGUGGAACAUGGAAUCUUGAAAAAGGACAGUUUACCAGUCAAACUUCCAUGGCACUCUGUUUAGCUAAUUCAUUGAUUGCACGUCGAGAUUUUAUUCCCUACGAUCAACUAGUUCGAUACAAAUGGUGGUAUAGAGAAGGUUAUAUGGCUGUGACAGGAAAAUGCUAUGACAUUGACGCAUCUACAAGUCAAUCGAUACGCGAAUUCGAACGUCGACAAAAACAAUUUGCCGAAAAGCAUAAUAUACCUGUUGAACAACUGGAUUAUCUCUCGGAUUUGAAGCUUCUUGAUAAAUUCAACACAUUCUGUAGCAAUGAAACUGCGGCCGACAGCGGCGCUCUCGUACGUCUAGCCCCCGUGCCACUGUUUUUCUGGAAAAAUCCUAUUGAAGCAGUCGAAUUUUCAGGUAUUAGCGGCGAAAUUACACACGGAGAUCGAAUUGCUUACGAUGCAUGUCGAUACUACAGUGCACUCAUUAUCGCAGCUUUUCAUGGCGAAACUAAAGAUCAGUUAUUAGAUAAAGACUUUUAUACAAAACAUAAAAAUUGGUUUUACAAAUAUCCCCUCACACCGGAGAUUGUCAAAGUCUCUCGAGGAUCCUAUCAGCGUGAAGAUGGAUAUGAGAGUGGUAUUCGAGGUAAAGGAUAUAUUGUCAGUGCUUUAGAAGCCGCUCUGUGGGCGUUCUGGUCCGAUGAAGGUUCAUUCGAGAAAGGUGCUCUUGUUGUUGUUAAUCUUGGUGAUGAAACAGGUUCAACAGCAGCUAUCUACGGACAAUUAGCAGGUGCUUAUUAUGGUUAUGACAAUUUGCCUAAACACUGGUUGACGCAUCUCUACGCUCGAAAUUUUAUUAAAAGUUUGAGUAAAUGGAUAGCUUAUGAAGGACAACAAUGGAAAUCGACUCAAGAAUGA